UCACAUACUGGCCCGUCGUCCUUUGCGGUAUUGUGACGUCAAGUCAGCUGAUCACUGCUGUAGCAAGCGGUAGCAAGGAGGAAGAUGUCGCUGGUGAACUGUCAAAGGAUGGAGGCUUUUUUCCCCGGAGUGUUUGUGCUCUGCUUCUUGGUCACAAUCGGCGUCCAUGGGGACAGCUUAACAGUGCUGCAGGCUCCAGAUUUUGUCUCCUUCCAGAAAGGAGACUGGCCUAUGUCUGGAGAGAAGAUUCCUGACCUGGUGGCUUUAACCAUGGGUUUCUCUGUUCAAGAGGAUCUGUCCUGGCCAGGCCUCCAGGCUGGUCCUUUAUUUCAGCGGCCUCGGGCUAAUGUCCUGGUGGUGGUAAGAGGAGUUGAUAGCUUGGCCCUGUCUCAGAGUGUGGCCUCCUACCCUUUGGAAAAUCCAGUACCCUUCACCUUGGAUAGUGUUGCAGAGACGGUACACUCUCUCUUUGCUGAGGACACACCUGUAGUGCUUCAGCUGGCCCCCAGUGAGGAGAGGCUAUAUAUGCUUGGAAAGGCCAAUGUUGUUUUUGAGGAAUUGCCAGUCACCUUGCAGCAGAUCCGUGCCCGUCUGUCCCAGGAUGGCUCUGUGCUUCCCUCCCUGCUCCUCAGUUCCCUCAGCAGAAAUGCAGAGGCUGAUUUGCUCUUCCUGUCUGAAGUACAAGUACUGCAUGAUAUCACAGCCUUGCUACAGAGACACAAACAUUUGGCUAAGGACCACUCCCCUGACCUGUACUCCUUAGAGCUGUCUGGCCUGGAGGAGCUGAGCCGGGCCUAUGGCCAAGACUCCCCUCAGUACAGAGAUGCCACUGCCAUUCUUGCCUCUGCUGUGCAGAAAUUUGGAGAGGAAGUGUAUGGUCUCUAUGGCAGCAGUGCUGUUGUGGAGGUUGUGACAGUGAAAACUUUUGAGGCUCCUUUGACCAGGAAGUCCCGUUCGAUCCUGGAAUCCAUACAGAUUAGUAACCCAGGUAGCCCAUACAACCUGGCCUACAAGUACAAUUUCAACUAUUCUGUGAUCUUCAACAUCGUGCUGUGGCUGAUGAUCGGUCUGGCCCUCGCUGUCAUUGCCAUCUCGUACAACCUGUGGAACAUGGACCCAGGAUAUGACAGCAUCAUCUACAGGAUGACCAAUCAGAAGAUCAGGAUGGAUUAAAUCCUGGUCAUUAACACUCCAGCUGUUCUCUAAUAUCUCACUAGUGAAUGUUUGUGUUCGUGAGGUCUUGUUUAGUGAUAAAAAAAUACAGUUAGCUUGAUGGGAGGAAGAGAAUCAUCACAUAUCACGUCUGAAACACUGGCAUAAUAGACAGAUAAUUACUUUACAGUAGUUGACUCUUACAUUUACCUACA